UAGGAUGGCACCAGAAGUUGCUGCAGUAGAAAGGAAAGGUGGCUAUAACCAACUCUGUGAUCUAUGGGCAGUUGGAAUAACUGCUAUAGAGCUUGCUGAACUUCAGCCCCCAAUGUUUGACCUACAUCCAAUGAGAGCACUUUUUCUAAUGACAAAAAGCAACUUCCAGCCUCCAAAAUUAAAGGACAAAAUGAAAUGGUCCAAUAGUUUCCAUCAUUUUGUGAAAAUGGCACUUACAAAAAAUCCUAAAAAAAGACCUACAGCUGAAAAGUUACUACAGCAUCCUUUUGUUACCCAACCAUUAAAUCGAAGUCUUGCUAUUGAACUUUUGGAUAAAAUGAAUAAUCCUGAUCAUUCCACUUACCAUGAUUUUGAUGAUGAUGAUCCUGAGCCUCUUGUAGUGCCUCAUAGAAUUCAUUCAACAAGUAGAAAUGUGAGAGAAGAAAAGACACGCUCUGAAAUAAACUUUGGUCAAGUAAAAUUUGAUCCACCCUUGAGGAAAGAGACAGAGCCACAUCAUGAAUUUGAUCUACAUCUAGAAUAUGGUCAUGGUCCUCAGUGUGGCUACUUCUUGGGUGCAAAUAAGAGUCUCUUAAAAUCAGUUGAAGAAGAACUGCAUCAGCGGGGACAUGUGGCACAUUUAGAAGAUGAUGAUGAUGAUGCAGAUGAUGAUGCUAAACAUGCUACUAUGAAACCUAAAGUGCCACCUCCUUUACCUCCAAAGCCUAAAUCCAUCUUUAUCCCCCAAGAAACUCAUUCUUCUGAAAAUGAUAAUCAAGGGACAAUCAAGAGAUGCCCAACAUCAGAGAGUCCAGCAAAAUCUGCAUCUCAGGUUCCACCCAGACCACCACCUCCUCGGUUACCUCCACAGAAAUCUAAUGCUUUAGGUAAUGGAGUCACUUCUGUACAAUUAAAUGGUGAGAGAGAGGGAUUACCACAUCAACAGAAUGAAGCUAGAGACACUAAUUUUUCAAUGAAAGAAAAGAAGGAAAUACUGAAACCAAUUAGUAAUGGACUUCCUCCCACACCUAAAGUACACAUGGGUGCUUGCUUUUCAAAGGUUUUCAAUGGGUGUCCAUUAAAAAUUCAUUGUGCAACAUCAUGGAUAAAUCCAGAUACAAGAGAUCAGUACUUGAUAUUCGGUGCAGAAGAAGGUAUUUACACACUGAACCUCAAUGAACUUCAUGAAACAUCAAUGGAGCAGCUAUUUCCUCGAAGGUGUACAUGGUUAUAUGUCAUGAACAAUUGCUUGUUAUCAAUAUCUGCUUCUCAGCUUUAUUCCCAUAAUCUACCAGGACUCUUUGAUUAUGCAAGGCAAAUGCAAAAGUUACCUGUUGCUAUUCCAGCACAUAAACUCCCUGACCGAAUACUUCCCAGGAAGUUUGCAGUGUCUACAAAAAUUCCUGACACUAAAUGGUGUCAGAAGUGUUGUGUUGUGAGGAAUCCAUACAAGGGCAACAAGUACCUUUGUGGAGCACUACAGUCUAGCAUUGUUUUGUUAGAAUGGGUUGAACCAAUGCAAAAAUUUAUGUUAAUCAAGCACAUAGAUUUUCCUGUACCUUGUCCACUGAGAUUGUUUGAAAUGCUGGUAGUCCCUGAGCAGGAAUUCCCUUUAGUUUGUGUUGGUGUCAGUAGAGGAAGAGACUUCAACCAGGUGGUGAAGUUUGAGACUGUCAACCCAAAUUCUACCUCUUCGUGGUUUACAGAAACAGACACUACAGAGACAAGUGUUGUACAUGUAACACAGCUGGAGAGAGAUACCAUUUUGGUGUGUUUGGAUUGCUGCAUAAAAAUAGUGAAUCUGCAAGGCAGGUUAAAAUCCAGCCGCAAAAUGUCAUCAGAGCUCACGUUUGACUUUCAGAUUGAAUCAAUAGUCUGUCUACAAGACAGCGUGUUAGCAUUCUGGAAACAUGGCAUGCAAGGAAGGAGUUUUAGAUCAAAUGAGAUCACACAAGAAAUUUCUGAUAAUACGAGGAUAUUCAGGCUUCUGGGAUCUGACAGGGUUGUGGUCCUAGAGAGUAGGCCGACGGAUAACCCAACAGCCAAGAGCAAUUUAUAUAUCCUGGCAGGGCAUGAGAACAGUUACUGACAACAGCGGAUGGCAGGCAGCUCACCAUGACAAGCGAACACUCCUGCUGCAGCAUGAUUCAUGGCUGGCUGAAAUUGCCCAAAAGCUGCAGUAACCCGACUUCAGUUACUUUAUAAUUUAUUGUGGCAUGAGAGGAAGACAAGAAUUGUUUGUGGAAUGGACACAUAAGCAUUAUGAUACCACAGAAGUGCUUAAUUUACUGUUAUGUAAUCUUUGUACAUAUGCAGUAUUUUUCAGUGAAACUUCUUGCUGAAGACCUACACUGACUUUCUGUAGAUAGCAGUCCUCCUGUUAAGUACAAGUGUCUUACCUGUACAGAUGUAAAAGUCACUGAGGAUGCAAAAAUGAAAUCGGGGUACUAUUUUAAGGACUUUUCAUGUGUUUAUAAUAAAGUGGGAUGCUAGCAACAAAUAUAGUACAUUUAACAACACUAUUGUAUUUUAUGAUAUGUAAUUUACUAAUACAAAUAAAUCUUAACUUUUAGAAAUUG